AUGUCUCCGGAAAUCGGCUCUCACAUGACCCCGGAUAGUUUCUUCCACACCUUGUGCGACAAGAAAUCCUCCGGGAGUUGGUCUGGAAGCCCCGUGAUUAUCUACUUUAUAUCCGGCAAUCCUGGCUUGAUAUCGUACUACUACCCAUUCUUCACGCAUCUGAUCGAGAAAUUGAGGGCUUGGAGUUCCGAGGACGAUGCGAGCCCCAGACUCCACCUCUACGGCCACAGCCUCGCCGGCUUUGAGGUAGCAUCGCCACCGUCCGACAACAACACAGAACACUAUCACGACCUGGAAGACCAGAUCCGCUUCGUGCAGCGCAAGCUGGACGAUUGCGUGAGCCGUGUUGUCGCGUCGGAGGCCUCAGCUUCUAAUCGUGUCAACGACGAUACACUCAGGCCCCGAGUCAUAUUGAUCGGCCACUCCGUGGGGACCUACAUCGCUAUGGAGCUCAUCCGGCGCCACCGCGAACGAACCUCAGCAGCAACCUCAUCAUCAUCAUCAUCUUCAAUUGACACCAACAACGCCUCCUUCCCCAUCAUCAGCGGAAUCCUCCUCUUCCCCACCGUCGUCGACAUCGCCAAAUCCCCCUCCGGGAGGAAACUGACCACCCUCCUCACCAUCCUCCCCCACCUAGCCCUGAUCGCCAGCCUCUUCGCACGGGUCCUAACGACCCUCCUCCCGGCCUCCAUGCUCCGCACCGUAGUGCGUCUGGCGAUGGGAUCCCCGCCGUCCGCCGCCGUGGACACGACCUGUCGGUUCUUGGGGAGUAGGAGGGGCGUUAGACAGGCUUUACACAUGGCCGCUUCGGAGAUGUACACCAUCAAUUCGGAUGAAUGGGCCGACGAGGUCUGGGGGAUUGCGUCGACACCUGAAGCAGAGAAGAGCUUGACGAAGUUGUUCUUUUAUUAUGGGCGCGGGGAUCAUUGGGUCGCUGAGGAGACGAGGGAGGAGAUUAUUGCUUUGCGGGGGAGGGGGAAUGGGAAUGGGAUUACUGAGGGUGGGAGUGCGAAGGGCGGCGAAGGGGAAGGGGAAGGGGGCCGUGGUCCGACGAUGGUGGUUUGUGAGGAGGGGUUGCCGCAUGCUUUUUGUUUGAGGCAUAGCGAGGUUAUGGCAGAGAAGGUUGUUGGCAUGGUUAGGGAGGUUGUGGGGUGA